UGCCGAAGCGCCAACUUGUCUGCCGGCAGUUCACACAACGUGCAAUUCUUCCUCGCAUUUGUUACUUGAGUGGCCCCACAGACGGACCUGACGAUGUUUCGCAAAAAAGCUGUCGCCGAUUACCAUAGACCGUCAUCCGACGAAGAAGAGCCCAUGUUCACAGACAGACAACACGGAGUUUGCAUGGGGAGCGAAGCGGCAGCCGAAGAAAACGAGCAACUUUUCCGCAAAGAAACCUAUGAGAGAGACGAAGACACUUUCAGCUCCCGAGCUAGCAGCCGAAAUUCGCAGAAACAAACGGGAUGGAGAGACGCCUGGAGGAAAGUCGGGGACAAGGUAUCAUCAUAUGUCAACCAUGCCGUAAGCCCAGCGUGGGGAUACGGAACGACGACCGCGACCCGUGAUGCAGUUAACUCGCGAAUGAGCGACGCAGACCAGGAGACCAUCAAGGCUCUAUAG